CUUCUUAUUCCACGACCCGGAUAUAGAACCUUCGGUCGAAUGGUUCAGAGUGUACAAAAUGAAACUUAGAAAUAUCCUAUUUUUUAUUUGAUAAUCGCAAUGACAAGUUUAAGUGCUGAGCUGAAUCGGUUCUGUGAGUUUUCAAAAAGAACAAAGCAAAUUUUAGAUGAGACAAAGAGCUGUUUUGAUGACAUAAACGAAUCGGGAAACUCUGAACUUGGGUCACUGUUUAAAGCAGAGCUAUUACGAGAAGAGGAACAAGAGAUUUUAGAUAUUGCACAAAGACCACCAGGAAUUGUGAUUUUGGGACAAAAUUCUUAUUCAAAAUUCAAGAUUGUAAAUGAAAUAUUUAACAAUGGGAUACUCCCAGUCAUUUACUCUGCAGCAGCAGGGCAUGAUGAUUUACCGUUUCGUAUGGUACGAUUUAAACAUGGCGAGAGUCUCUCUUAUAGCCUAGCACUGCCAGACGACUAUGAAAUUGUAGAUCACUUAGAUGCAUAUAAAGAACAAUCCAAAACUGUACCACUAAAGGAUUUACAAAUUCAUUCUGCUGACAAGGCAUCAGAUUCAGCCAUUUUGGAAAUUUCUUAUAAUCAUGUUAUACUAAGACAAGGGGCUCAGAUUAUUGUUGCACCUUCCCUUGGAGAAAUCAGUAAAGUGUAUAAGACAUGUACAGAGAGUGUUUCGCCCAUUCUGGUUUAUUCUUUUUCAGAUGAUUUGUCAGAUGAGGAGAUUGAGACACUACAAAAUCUACAAGAAAUAUCCCAGUAUGAAUCUGUAUGCUUUAUACGUGUCCCAAAAUGUAGGCAACAUUUAAUGAAUGGGGAAAUCCCAAAUAACAAUGCAACAAAUUCAACAACGAACACUGAACAGGACAAUGUGUCCAGUAUACCAUCAAGGAGAAUAGAAAGAACUUUAGACAGAGUUAAUGGAAAUUCACGAUCACAAAGUAAUUCUCUUAUAGGAAAAAACAAAAUGACCAUUCUUAAGAAUACCAGAGUAUAUGAACAGUUAUGUGAUUUAGGGUACUUGAAUGAGAACCCAACAUGUCGGAACACUAGACGAUCAUUUUUGUCUGACUAUUAUGAAACAGAGAGUGACUUGAUAGACAAUUUUGAAAGCCAUUCUUACCGUUUCAAUAUGUUCGUUCAACAGACAUUACAGAGAUACUUAGUAAAUUCCUCUACGGUUUUGAAUAACUCCCAUUCACGAUGUCUAAGUAUGUUUAUUAUGUCCGCAUUCGAUAUGGCAAGAGACAUGUUAAUUACACCAAAGAAAUUACUGUUUGCACGAGAAAAAGAAGUAGAAUUGUAUAAAUCUUUAAUGAGAAUAAGUGUGGCCAAAACAAAUGAGAUCAGAGAAAUGAUUGGAUUUACGAUAGCAGAAAAUACAGAAAUGUUGGUACAAAAAGCUGCUGAUUAUGAAUUUCUAGGUGUUGAAUUCAAUGAAGAUGGAGCAAUCAUGACACACAAAGGCCUUAAAAUAUGUACUUAUCAACUUCAAGAAUUGGUGCUUGGUGCCUUAAAUCAGUCUAUAGCAGGAAAACUAGUCAAAUCUGUCAAUAUACUAAGGGACUCUUAUACAGGAACUUUAAGCAGAUGUUUAGAAAGUUUAGAAAGGAUAGAUAAAGACCAUGCAAAUGAAAACUCAACAAGUGAAGCUCUAAAACAGAUUGUGAAUGCUGCCUACCAAGUAGAAAUCAGUUUACAGUCAAGUUCGUCAUUUGUUAGGACAUUAUUUGAACGUAUGAAACAGUUAGUCCAGUCUAUGCCAUGGCAUUCUCAACCAAAGAUAGAUUUAGAAUGGAAGAAGAAAUUAGCCACAGAUAUACUUAGUAACCUCAGUGAAGCAAGAUUGGCAAAGAGUAUAUCAGGCCAGAUAAAAGAGCGACUGAACAAAUCCCAUGAUGCCUUUGCUACAGCAUUGCGCCAGCUGGAGCAGAAACACUCUGGACGUCUGGACAAGAUAGAAGAAGAAAGACUGAAGCUAAGAAAGAUUCAUGCGCCAAAAGUUGCCAAAGUAGCUCUUGAAAGUACCUCAAUAAAAGAUACCAUUUUACAUGGUAUGCCACAUAUGGGAAGAGAAAUUGGUCGAGGGCAGUAUGGUGUUGUGUAUUCCUGUGACUCCUGGGCAGGAUGUCAGCCAUGUGCAAUAAAAUCUGUCGUCCCACCUGAUGAAAAACACUGGAAUGAUCUAGCUUUAGAGUUUUAUUAUACAAAAAACAUUCCAGAGCAUGAGCGAGUUGUUGCUUUACGUGGUUCUGUGAUAGAUUAUUCUUAUGGAGGUGGGACAAACCCUGCUGUAUUACUGGUGAUGGACAGACUAGUCAGAGAUUUAUAUGGUGCUAUCAAACAGGGUUUAGAUUGGAUAAGCAGAUUACAAGUAGCUAUAGAUGUUGUAGAGGGCAUCCGAUAUCUCCAUGGGGAAGGCCUUAUCCAUCGUGACAUCACAGUGAAAAAUGUUUUGCUUGACAAGACAAACAGAGCUAAAAUAACUGACUUGGGUUUUUGUAAACCAGAGGCAAUGAUGAGUGGCAGCAUUGUUGGGACUCCAAUUCAUAUGGCACCAGAAUUGUUCACUGGUCGCUAUGACAACAGUGUUGAUGUCUAUGCAUUUGGUAUAUUGUUUUGGUAUAUUUGUGCUGGACAUGUCAAAUUACCUACUGCCUUCGAGCGUUGUGAUAACAAAGAUCAUUUGUGGACUGGUGUUAAAAAGGGUUUACGUCCAGAAAGAUUAGCAGUAUUUGAUACAGAUUGCUGGGAAUUGAUGCAGGAAUGUUGGGAUGGAGAACCAUUGAAGCGCCCUCUACUGGGAGAUGUACAGACACGCUUGGUUAAAAUUCAUGACUAUUACAAAAAAACUGCCAAUCCACCAACAAAGGAAGUCAGACCAAAAAAUGCUGCAUCCAAAACAAAAUAUAAUAUUCAUUGAUUUCCAUUAAACCUUUUAAUACUCAUUCUAAUUGAUUUGAUUCAAAAAAAAAAUGAAAGUGUUAUUUGUUUAGCUUCUUUUACUAAAGGUUCAGACAUUAUAAAUUUUGAAAGGUGUUGUUUACAAAUUAUGUACUAAGAGCAUAUUUUGAUUUUGAAGGUAAUUCUAAAUGUUAUAAAAUUCAAUAUUUUCUGGUAAUUCAUGAAAAUUAACUCUUUUUAUAAUUUUUGUUUCAAUUAUAUCCUGUUUUUUUUUAUUGUCAAACAUACACUUAUCAUUCAUGAAUUAUAAGAAAAAAAUUUGUUGUAUCAUUGUUUUUCUAUCUAAAAAUGUGAUAUAAGAUACUGCCCUCAAUUUUAGUAAUUGAAAGUUCCCCUGUACAUAAAUAAUUUAUAGUUCCCUAUCAUAAAAUGGAUGCAUGAUAUAUAGUAUGAAAAGAAAAAGAAAAAACAGGAUAAAAAAAUCUGUUAUUUUUACAUCAAUUGAUCAACAAAAAGUAGUUACAAAAUGCAUAUUCUGACAUUAUGAAUGGAAGAAGAAGAUGAAAUGCAAUACAUUGUUUUCAGUUAUGGAAAACAGUAGCAAAACUCAUGUUUCAUUUCAUUUAAAAACAAAGAAAAAAAGCGAAAAUACUCAUACAUUGUUUCAAUUUAUAUCUGUUACCAAUAUCAUUGAUAGUACAAAUGUAGUAUAACUACAUUUGAACAUUUAAGAUUUUUAUCCUGAUCUUGCCUUAGGGGUUAAAGGGACAUAAAUAUUGUUAUCUUUUUGUCUGCCUUUAAUGUAUAGUUCAUAAAAAUGUUGUGCUGACACAAUUGAUUUUUUUGAAGUUAAAAAAUCAAAUAACUAAAUUGAACAAUCUAAGUUUAAUCAGAUGAUUAGAUUUUCAACCCUAAAAAGAAAGUGAAAAAGAAAAUAUUUUUUUACUGAUUUCAAGGCAUUCUACUAUAGCCAUAAUAUAUAUCAGAGAUAUUUUUUAUCAGUGACCUUUGAUUUUUUACUUUUUGAUUGGACAACACUAAUGUCACUAUGAAUGAGAUUUUUAUGCCCAAUUAAUGGGCAUUAUGUUUUCUGGUCUGUGCCUCUGUUCGUUUGCCU